AUGCUGCCCCUGCUCGCCGCGCUGCUGGUCGCCGCCUGCCCACUGCCGCCCGCCCGCGGCGGGGCAGCUGACGCGCCCGGUCUCCUUGGGGCACCCCCCAACGCCUCCGUCAACGCGUCGUCCUCUGGCGAGCCCGCCGCGCCGCCGCUGCUGGCCUCGGCGGCUCCCGCGCCCCCCGAGCGCCUGGGCCCGGAGGAGGCGGCGGCGGCGGCGCCGUGCAACAUCAGCGUGCAGCGGCAGAUGCUCAGCUCGCUGCUCGUGCGCUGGGGCCGCCCGAGGGGCUUCCAGUGCGACCUCCUGCUCUUCUCCACCAACGCGCACGGCCGUGCCUUCUUCGCCGCCGCCUUCCACCGCGUCGGGCCGCCGCUGCUCAUAGAGCACCUGGGUCUGGCGGCGGGUGGCGCGCAGCAGGACCUGCGACUCUGCGUGGGCUGCGGCUGGGUGCGCGGCCGCCGUCCCGGCCGGCUCCGGCCCGCCGCCGCCGGCGCCACCGCCGGGGCGCCCACCGCGCUACCCGCCUACCCCGCGGCCGAGCCCCCUGGGCCGCUGUGGCUGCAGGGCGAGCCGCUGCAUUUCUGCUGCCUGGACUUCAGCCUGGAGGAGCUGCAGGGCGAGCCGGGCUGGCGGCUGAACCGCAAGCCCAUCGAGUCCACGCUCGUGGCCUGCUUCAUGACCCUGGUCAUCGUCGUGUGGAGCGUGGCCGCCCUCAUCUGGCCUGUGCCCAUCAUCGCCGGCUUCCUGCCCAACGGCAUGGAGCAGCGCCGGACCACCGCCAGCGCCACAACGGCCGCCCCCGCCGCAGUGCCCGCGGGGACCACUGCCGCCGCCGCCGCUGCCGCCGCCGCUGCCGCCGCCGCGGCUGUCACCUCGGGGGCGGCGACCAAGUGAGCCGCUCCGCUCCUCCCCGCGUCCGCAGGGUGUCCGCGCUUUCGGGUGCCUUCCCGCCGGAGACUCGGCAAGUGUGCUUCGUGCUGUAGUGACCAUUAGUUUUUCUUCGGGGGAGGGGGCCGCCACAGAGGCCCAACACGGUUGAAAGCCAGGUUCGUGCCGCGCUUCUUGUUGCAAAAGCAGAGGCAAGCCCUUUCCCUGAAGGGUGGGGUCCGCUUAGAAGAUACAGUUGGGAAACGGGCCCUUUCCCCUCUGUUGCAUCCUCUACCCUCCUCCCUCCCUGCACCCACGUGCCCUGUAUUCAUGGCAGAAAUGACCAAAUCCUGUGUAUUUGUUUUAUAUAUUUAAUAACUGUUUUAAAUGAAAAUUUUAGUAAAAAAAAAUAUCAAAUUGCUAUUGCUGUAGUAAGAGAAGCUCUUUGUAUCCAAACAUAGUAUUUGAAGUUUGUUGUUUUUUAAUUUAUUUAAAUGGGUUUGGGGUUGGGGGCAUGGGAAGGAUUUAACACCCACAUAUUGUUACCGCCUGAAAUGAACUUUAUGAACCUUUUCCAAGUGGAUCUAUCCAGUGACGUGGCCUAGUGGGCGUUUCUUCUUGUACUAAUGUGUUUUUUGGCUUUUAAUACAGACAUUUUCCUCCAAA